AUGCCUUCCCAUGAGGCUACUUACUCAGCAACUCUGUCUGACCUCAACCAUGUCGGAGACAGAACGUUGCCAGGCGCCCAUGUUGAACGGCCAUAUCCUCUGCGCACCCAAGAAUAUCUGCCUGACCAGGCUAAGCUGAUCACUGAGAACCAGAAGGGUUACAUUACUGGAGAGGAUAUGCUUCAACCCAAUAUGAUGGCUAUAAGCCAACCCGCACGGACUCAAGAUCUACCUAAGAUGAAUCACAAGCCAUUAUUCACGGGGUUUGAGCAUACCUGCCUGAAGAAAUAUCACUUUUUGUCACCUACUCAGCCCGUACCAUCUUGGUACUUCUACGUGGUUUUGAUGGAAGAAUCAGUCUACUAUACCAGAAACAGCCCACUUGGGAAGACCCUCCUUUGCAUGUUGUGCCAACAUGCGGAAACAGCGCCGGCUGAAGGGUUCGCUUUCAAUAAAAUUGUCCUCUCUUUACAGGAAGAGGUUCUAGUACGAUACGAUGUUUUUGAUAUGGCGAGCUACGAAGGUGGACAUGAUGCUAUCAAGAAUCGCAAAAUGUACAAAAAGCUGUGA